UGUAUUAUGACUUCUCAAGAGAAGACAGAAGAGCAUCCUUUUGCAGAUAUAUUUAAUGAAGAUGAAGCUGACAAAAACUUUAUGUUGUCUAAACCUGUUUGCUUUGUUGUAUUUGGGAAACCAGGGGUUGGGAAGACAACGUUAGCCCAACAGAUAACACAGGCAUGGAAAUGUAUUCAUGUAGAAGCUUUACCAAUUUUGGAAGAACAGAUUGCCAGUGACACGGCAUCAGGAGCUAUGCUGCAGUCAAUGCUGAUCAGUGGCCAAAGCAUUCCAGAUGAACUUGUCACAAAACUAAUGUUGGAGAAGCUCAACUCCCUAGAAGUCUCUCACUUUGGCUAUAUUAUCACUGAAAUACCAUCACUUUCACAGGAUGCCAUGACGAUUUUGCAGCAAAUAGAAUUAAUUAGAAAUUUAAAUUUGAAACCUGAUAUUAUAAUUAACAUUAAGUGCCCUGACUAUGAUUUAUGCCAAAGAAGUUCGGGGCAAAGGCAGCACAGUAGUACAGGAUACAUAUACACAAGAGAUCAGUGGGAUCCUGAAGUCAUCGAGAGUCGUAGGAAAAAGAAGAAAGAAGCCCAAAAGGAAGGCAAAGGAGAAGAGGAAGGGGAAGAGGAAGAAGAGCAAGAAGAAGAAGAGGCAUUUAUUGCUGAAAUGCAGGUGGUGGCUGAAAUUCUUCAACAUCUAGUUCAGAGGCCUGAGGAUUAUUUGGAAAAUAUCGAACACAUUGUUAAACUUUAUAAGGAAAUAAUUCUUCAUCCUUUAGAAGAAGUCAUGGCUGAACACGAUUCACAGUAUCUCAUCGAGCUAGAUGGAAACAAGCCCCCAGAGGAACUCUUCACAGUAAUUAUGGAUCGACUUAAAUAUCUGAACCUAAAAAGAGCAGCUGUUUUAACUAAACUUCAGAGUGCAGAGGAAGAAAUUAAUGACACAAUGGAAAAUGAUGAGCUGUUCCGUACUCUGGCAGCUUAUAAACUUAUUGCACCAAGAUAUAGAUGGCAGAGAAGCAGAUGGGGACGUACAUGUCCUGUGACUUUAAAAGAAGGUAACAUUUUUCAAGGAUUGCCAGAUUUUUCUGUAAGUUUUCUAGGUAAAAUGUACUGUCUUUCAUCAGAAGAAGCAUUAAAAGCAUUUUUAUUGAACCCACGUCCCUAUCUUCUUCCACCUAUGCCAGCACCACCAUUUAAAGUAUUCAUAUUUGGACCUCAAUCUUCAGGGAAAACAACACUUAGCAAUUUGCUUGCAAAACAUUACAAAGGAAAGGUAGUUGACUACGAUAAACUUGUUCAACCACGUUUUGAUAAAGCCCUUGAAAUGUUGACCAGAAACACUAUAGCUGAGGCCACUGAAGCAGCCAUCAAAGUUGUCAAAGAACGGCUUCUCUCAGAACUACAAGCUAAAAAGCAAGAUGAAAAAGAAACAAGUGAAAUGUCUACAGUUCAAAGAAGUCAACAAGACUCUAGUCAAGAUCUACAGUUGGAUUCAAAAAGAGAUGUAAUAGAGUAUGCAAUGGAAGAGGUAACUGCAGAUCAUCCAGAAGUUAUUUCCAUAAUAAAUGAGACAGUAAAAAUGGCAAAGGAUGUGAACUUUGAACAGCCACAUGAAAAAAUUGCCGAGAUCUUAGAUGAAGUUCUCCAAGAGGUAGCUGAAGAAAACAAGAAUAGGUUUUACGGUGCCCCAAAGUAUGGAGGAUGGAUACUGGACAACUGCCCUAUUAUGAAAGAACUGUGGAUGGUCUUAGUCGACAAAGGAAUUCUACCCGAUUUAGUCAUCUGUUUAUCAGACACAGGAAACAAUGGAAAAUAUUUAUUUAAUAGACUGUAUUUGGAGAAUAAACAAGAAAUUGACUCUAAGAUUUUAGGAAGAUUAUUAGAUGAACUACUAAUGAAAAGAAAUGAGGAAGAAGCAGCAAGAAAAGCCAGAGAAGAGACAUUGAGAAUAGAUGAAGAAAAUCGAAAGCUGUUGGAAGAUGUGAAUGUGAAAGCAAAAGAAGCAGAAGAAAGUGAAGCUGAGGCUGAUGAGGAGACUGAAAGGGAGUGGUCUGAACUUCACGAAGGGUCUGAGGUCCCUGAGGUGGCUGAGGAGACCAGGUGGUUCUUACCUGAGGAGCCUGAAGUUUUUGAGGUCCCUGAAACAGAACGUGAAUCAGUUGUACUGCCCGAGUUUCCAGAAGACGCUUAUCCUGAUGUUCCUGAAAUGGAGCCAAUUAAAGAGAGUGUCAGAUCUUUCUACCACGCCUGGAGACAGGUGGAAACAGCAAUCAGUGACUCUUUUACUCAAGUUUUAAGCUUGGAGAUUGCUGACAAAACUCCGGAGGAACUACUUCAAAAAGUCAUUGAGACCAUGGAAAAGCCUUUCCAGUACGCUGGCUGGGAGUUAACUAUGGAUGAUUACGACGUGGAGACAGAAGAUUAUCAGGCUGAGGCCGAAGUGGAGGAGGAGCUAGAAGAGGAGGAGGAGGAGGAGGAGAAUGAAGAUAGAAUUAAAGAGAAGAGAAGGCAUUUGGGAGAUACGAAGCACUUUUGUCCUGUGGCUCUCAAAGAAAACUUCAUCCUACAACCAGGCAGCACAGAAGAAGCAGCUAAAUAUCGGGAAAAGAUCUAUUACUUUUCAAGUCCUGAGGCUAAAGAAAAGUUUCUGGAGCAACCUGAGGAGUAUGUGGCUCAUGACAAACCGUUAAAGGCUCCUCCAUUAAGGAUAUGCCUCCUGGGCCCCCAUGGCUCUGGCAAAACUGUCUGCGGGAGACAGUUGGCAGAAAGUUUGGGCAUUUUUCAUAUUCAGUUUGAAGAAUUUCUUCAAGAAAAACUAAUGCUCAAAACUGAAAAGAAAGCUGGACCUGAAUUUGAGGAUGAUUCUGAGGAUGAACAAUUUGCAAAACAAGAACUUGAAGAGCUUGCAGUUCAGGCCAAUGUUACAAUUGAGGAAAAAAAUGCAAAGAAGCUGCCUCAGGAAGUGCAACUUACAGAAGAAGAAGAAGCAAUCAGAUUAAAUCUAACAGAAAAUGAGCCAUUGCCUCCCGAAAUCCUUGAAGCAAUUCUUUCUGAGUGGUGGUUUAAGGAACCAAUACGUUCCACAGGUUUUGUAUUAGACGGUUUCCCACGAUAUCCUGACGAGGUCCAGUUUCUGGGGGAACGUGGAUUUUUCCCAGAUGCAGCUGUUUUUAUGCAAGUUGAUGAUCAAGAUAUUUCUGAUCGCCUCCUGCCUGCCCAAAUUGGAAAGUGGAAAGUGAAACAAAAGAAGAAAUUAGAAAGGAAAAAACUCAUCAAAGAAAUGAAGGCAAAAAUCAAGGAUGACAUGAUUUCUAAAAGAAGGGCUGAACUUAUAAUAGAGAGAGAGAAAAAAAGGAAAGGAGGGGAGGCCGUUAGAGAAGAUGAAGACAUGAGUGAGGAAGACCCUGAAGAUGAGGAAUAUGAUAUUGAGAACAUCCUCGAAGAUGAAUUUCCAAAAGAUGAGGAAGUGAUGAGUGAGGAAGAUGAAGAGCAGGAAAUUGAUGCGCUCGAACGCCUGAGAGGUGAACUGGGAGAAAAAUUUGAAACAGAUAUGAGUAAUUUACAAAUAAUACAGGAAGAAUUUGAGAAGUUUUUGAUACCAGUAAUUCUCAUUAAUGGAGCUCGGAAAAUCCACAUUGUACAGUAUAUGUUGAAUAAGAAACUGAAACCACUGGUGGAGAAUCGUGCAAGCAUUUUUGAGAAAUGUUAUCCAAUAUCAUCACGCAUUGCCCAGAAAAUGCUCACCUUUACCUACAAGUAUAUAAGCUCGUUUGGCUACUGGGACCCUGUAAAGCUAAGUGAAGGAGAGACAAUCAAGCCAGUUGAAAAUUCAGAGAAUCCACUUCAUCCUGUAAUCCAUCGUCAGUAUAUUUAUUUUUUAUCUAGUAAGGAAACCAAAGAAAAAUUUAUGAAGAACCCAAUCAAAUAUAUCUGCCAACCCAAACCUAAGCCUACGAUGCCCAUUAGAAUUGCAGUUCUGGGGCCUCCAAAAUCUGGGAAAACUACAGUUGCCAGAAAAAUUUCAAGUGAAUAUGGCUUAAAGCGUUUGUCAAUAGGAGAUGCUUUGCGUUAUAUAUUAGACAACCAACCAGACACAGAGCUGGCACUUAUGCUAAACUGGCAUCUUCGUAAAGGAAUGACAGCACCUGAUGAACUGGCUAUUCAGGCCUUAGAAUUAUCUCUGAUGGGAAGUAUAUGUAAUACUGCAGGUGUUGUCAUUGAUGGAUACCCUGUAACUAAAUAUCAAGUGAGUCUCUUGGAAGCUAGGUCAGUCAUCCCCACGGUCAUCUUUGAGUUGGAUGUGCCUUCCAAAGAGAUUUUCAAAAGAUUGCUCCUGGAAAAAAAAAAGGAACCAAGUUUACCUUAUCCACUGCACAACAGCUCACAGAUUAUAGCUGUCAAGAACUCAAAGUACUGCAAAAAUAUUGAUGAGAUCAGGCAAUAUUAUCAAGAACAACAUCAGAACUGGUAUGUGAUUGAUGGCUUUCACAGCAAAUGGUGGGUAUGGAAUGCAGUCAUUAAGAAGGUUAAAAUGGUGAAUAAGCACAUACAGAUAUACCUCGAAAGAAUAAAAGCAGGAAAAGCCGCCUGCAUUGACAAGUUGUGUAUCUCACCUGAAGAACUGAUAUCUCGCCUGGGCGAAUUUGGACAGUUCUGCCCUGUCAGCCUGGCAGAAACUUGUGAAUUAGUUGAUGGCUCUUUAACUGAUUCCUUGGAAUUUGCAGCAGAGUUCAGAGGGCACUAUUAUAAAAUGAGUUCUCAGGAGAAACUGAAUAAAUUUCUGGAGAGCCCAGAAUUAUAUGUGCCUCCGUUAGCACCUCAUCCACUCCCAUCUGCUGACAUGAUCCCCAAAAGGCUGACGCUGUCAGAGCUGAAGAGUCGCUUCCCUAAGUGUGCCGAGCUCCAGGGCUACUGUCCAGUGACCUACCAGGAUGGCAAACAAAGAUACGAGGCCCUAGUACCUGGUAGCAUUCACUAUGCUUUAGAAUAUCGUGAUCGCAUAUAUAUUUGUGAGAGUAAAGAAAAACUUCAGAAAUUUUUGAGGUCGCCACUGAAAUACUGGGAUCAGAAGCUUCCUUAUAAACUUCCCCCGUUAAAGGAACCGAUGAAUCUCACGAGCCUGCCGCUGCCUGGAUAUCUGGAACAGGGUAUCGCAACUGCUCUCAUUAAAGCCAUGAAUGCAGCAGGAUGCUUAAAGCCCAAGUUCCCCUUCUUGAGUGUACAGAGAUCUGCGCUACUCUAUAUAGCAUUUCAUCUAAAAGCCUUUAAUCCCAAGAGUUCUGAAUAUACAAGAAAAAAAUAUAAGAGGAAGAUGGAGCAGUUUAUGGAGAGAUGUGAACUCAUUACAUACCUGGGUGCCAAGAUGACCAGAAAAUACAAGGAACCUCAGUUUAGAGCCAUUGACUUUGAUCAUAAAUUACAGACCUUUCUCUCUCUUAGAAAUACAGACCCAGUCAAUGGAUAGAAGGCUUG